AUGGCCGCACGUAGUGGAUGUACCAAGGGACUAGCCAGGUGCAAUGGACUCACUUUUGGUGAUGAGGAUGUAGUUUCAAACGUUUUCAUGGUAGAUAAAGCAAGGAGGGCAGGGGAAGCGAGUGGGGUUACAAAGUGGGUCCAAGGGGCUUUAAAAGACAAAGCAUGA